AUGCUGUACGUCCACACACGCUCGCCUCCUUCGUAUCAACGUAUCUACGUCUGGUCUAUCACGCACGAAGCUUACCAGCCCACACGUUCUCGCGUAUCCUUUGCGCCUCCACAGUACUCGGGUCCGAUCGAGCGUCGCAGAGCUCCAGAAUUUGCCGCCAUGGCCGAGAGCGGCGGGAAAGACGACGGCUCCGAUUUGGACGAGGACGAGCUCGCCGGCAAUCCGGGCGGUGGGGAGGGCUCGACCGCGCCGAAAGGGAUGAGCUUGAAGGGAAAGGAAGAGUGGAAGGACGUCAGUCUGCCUGGAAACGCUGGUGGUGGUCUGGGAAACGGGACGGGAGUAGGCCUAGCAGGUGCGCCAAAGCAGGAAGACGCUGCAGGUAGACAGGUCGGCAAGGGCGUGAACGGUAAUGGCCACGCGAAUGCCAGGGCUCGAGCGAGGUCGCCGGUAGAGGUAAAGGGAAAGACGAGGGAGAUGAACGUCUACCCCCAUUCAGGACCUGGAUCUGGCUCGUCCUCGGGCUCGGGCGUCGAUGCCAUCCCGCAGCAGGGGUCGACGAUGGCGCCUUCCACUCUCGGCAUGGCUCCGAGAACGGUGACGGGUUCGUGGACGGGUCAGGGUGGAUACCAGAAUGAGCGUGCGGGUUACGAACAGGACGAUCGGAACGGAGGUUACCACGAGAGGACCAACUUUUACCCGCCACAAAAGCAACCCUCCAUGUAUUCGCUCUAUCAACGACGAGCUGAAUCUCGCACAGAGCCACAACACGACCGUAGCAACUCGUUCACACCCUCCAGCAGCAACGACCUCAACCCGUCCUCGUCUUAUCGGCAGGACGGCCCGCGUUACCCUCCGUUCGAGAGCCAUCCCCCACCGCCCGCGUUCACUUCGGAAACCGCCUCGUCGCACAUGAACCAGAUGACCACGCCGUCACCGGUCAACUUUGACCCUCAGCAACAGGCAUACGCUCAGUACUCGUUGCCUGUCGAUCACGGGAUCAACCCGGACGGCAGUAUCGAUUGGAACAAGGCGACGGCGGCGGCUCAGUUGCAAGCGGCUUUGCAUGCUCAACAGGCCCAGUUGGCGUAUCUGCGUCAACAGAGACAACAGCAGGAUCAUUGGAGAGAAUUGUUGGCGGCCACGACGGGGGGUCACGGAUCCGGGUUCGGUGGUCAGGGUGCAGGUGGGAACGGAGCGAUGAUGGGCAACGCAGUGCAGAGGUUCAACGAGCUCGUCGCGGCCGGUCACGAUCCGAUGAGCAUGUCGAGCGGGUUCCAGUGGCCGACGAAUCAUAACGGUAGCGGUGGUGUCAAUGGCGGUGGCGCGACGUCCGGGCUGGGCCUGUCGACUCAUCCGGGUGACGAAGUCAUGUCUUCGAACCCGGAUUGGUUCUCCGAGACGGCGGCCAUGCGAACGACAGGCAUCCCUUUAUCUACCCAUCCUAUGGACGGGGUGGACGGGGACACUCGAUCGCCCAACGGAUCUCGACCGGCCACGCCCAUGUCGCGGCAACCCAGCCUAUCGGGAGGAGUCGGCGGCGGAUAUGGCGAGAUGGGCGAGAACGACGGCGGGUCGGCCAAGCGCGCUCGGCAGGAGGACGAGGGGUAUCCACCGAAACGGACCCGGUUGGAUAGUACAUCCGGGAUGCCGUUGUCGGAUGCGAGUGGGUAG